AUGACACACGAGAGCACAGACACGUACAUGCUGAAGAGAGUUUCCUGUUUUCCUGCUGUUCGGGAAAGAACUGUUAGAUUUGACAGGACAACAAGCAAGCUUUGGGGUGACGGAGAGGCGACGCGGAGCAAACAAGAUAGCAUGCCAGCGUUUCUCAAUGAAGAGGCUGCCCCGCUAGGGUUUGAGCAAAACGCUGUAGAGGCAGAUUGCUUUCCAGACACCAAGAAGCGGUUUGACAGCCGAGGCUACUCAGUCCAGCACAACCCGAUUGCCAAAUCCCUCGUGAACAAAACUGUUGCGUACAUCAGCAAGGAUCUGUCUCGGCUGAAGCAAUCCCUUGCUGGCAUCAACCGUCGCUUGACGAACGAACAAAAUGAUGCGCAAGUUGAAGAAGCAAGGGAUGUGCUGCAAAACCUGGAGCAAGCCAUUCAAGACAUUGUUGAUACUGUGCGCCGCUUCCUCACAAAACCACAACAGGCACAAGACCAACGCGAAGGACAUGAACACGAUCCUCCACCAACCUCACAAGAACUUCUCAACGCGCUCGAUCAAACAGUCAUUGACGCCAUUAAGCAUAGGAACGAAGAAGACAUUGUGGGACAACGUCCAGCUGAGAACAUUGGCGAACCCUCGCAUCUCGAAGACCUACAUCAUCACUUGACCUUCCUCCUUGCUGAACAAGAUGACGAUGCCCCCACAUUCCACACAAAGUUGCACGAGCUUGUGCAGAGCUGCCCCAACAUCGAUCACACGCUAAUGCGAUUGGCAGUCAUGUUACCAGCACUUUAUGAUUGGUUCUUGUUCAUGAAAUCGUGUGCUGGAGCUUUCGAACGAUCAGCUCGCCAGUUGCUCGAAGCUUGGCCCCAAGGGUUUUCUGCCGAAAUGGCCAAUAAGCUCGAGGACAACCUGAUCAAGCCAUUGCAAGAGCUAUUCAACAUGUUGCUCGACAGCUCAACAGAAGCAAACGCUGCACCAUGCGUGGCAAAACUAAAAGAUCUGUGCAUGAGUCUGCAGCGAGAUCCUUUCAGGUCAACACACCACCAUCUCAAUUGGAUGCCUGAAUAUUGGCACGGGGUUGCACGGUUGAGCUCACCGAGCUUGGUGCUGCAUGUCAUCGGCAGCACGGACGCGUUUCUGCAAUUGGAACCCUUGCAUUCAGAAGUUCGCGACAGCCUGCAAGCAAUCGCCUCACACACAAACGCAUGGGUUGUAACUGACGGUUCUCGCCAAGGCAUUGUGCAGUGCAUGUCCCGGGCACUGAAAGAUAUUGGCCUGUCCAAGACUCCAGCGAGACCCUUUAUUCUGAGCAUCGGCCCUGCUCGCGAAAACGACGACAGAGACGAGGCAGAUGCGCACAUUAAGACAUGCUACAACCAUUCAUUUCGGUCGUCAUUCGUGCAGGAAGCCGCAAAACACCUGAAAUGCCACAGUGUGGCUGUCGUCAUUCGAGGAGACAAAGCCGCCCUCAACGAUGCCCUUGCAGCGAGUAAGAUUUUGUCCCGUGUCGCGCUGGUUCUGACCCUGCUGACUUCGCUCACCAUUCCUGGCCCACCCAUGCGAUCAGAUGUGGCAGGUGUGCCAGUUGUCGUGGUGAAAGACUCUGGUGGCAUGGCCAAAGUCCUUGGAUACGCAUAUCACUUGCUGCACAGCUCACAGUGGCGCCACCGCGAUCACACGAUGCCACUUCACAUGCAGUGUGUGGAGUACCUUCUCACUUCUGGUGAUGUGCAGAUGAUUGUGUACAAACUGGACAACCAAGCAUCCUGGAAUCUUGUGAACUGCGUGUAUCAGGCGAUUUGUCAGAACCCCAGCCAGACCAGCUCCAACUAUGACAAUCUGCUGACCCUUGCGAUGCAGCUGAAGAUCUCCAAGCUGCCGAAGACAACAUCACUUGCCGUUGAGCAGAUCAGGAGGAGCAGCCCCGCCUUUCGAUUCGUGAUGCAUCGAGCCAUCCGCCUGAAUUCCGCCGCCUACGUUCAACUCUGCAUCGAUCGAGGCGUUCUUUUUCACCUGAAAAACCGCCAAACGGUGUUUCACGAGAAGCAGUCCCCCCACCAAGAAUUCCCCAAGCAGUACUGCAAGAACGAGCAGAUGACAUCGAUCAACACGAGGGAAAACAGCGCGGAGCUGGAAGCGAAGGCCAUCGAGUUGCUCAAAGAAUGCAAGAAGCAGGAUGUUACCAAAACGCGAAAGCUACUCGAGAAGGAGUGGGAGAGCAACAACGUGUUGGAGAUGGCAUACAAGACUGACUCCAACAAGUUUCUUGCCAAAGACCCUUGUCAGCGCUUUGUGACAGAGCAGUGGUAUGGCGACAUGUCGAAUGACAACUCAGUGCCGAAGAUUGCACUUUGUGUCGCCUUUUUGUCUCUCCCAGUCAUACUCUUAGAGCCUUCUCAGUCUCGGAAGCUUCAUGUGCAAGCAAACAACAACGACGACGACAAGAGCAGCAACAGAAACACAGGCCUCUGUCACAAGCUUGGCGUGUUCUGGACCGCCCCUUUUGUGAGGCUGUGGAUGGAGCUGUUUGCGCACUUGGUCUUGUGCUGCCUGUUUUCCUUCUACCUCUUGGAUGAGCUGCCAGACCACCUGUCCCGCGUUGAAAUUGCAUUGAUGGUGUGGUUUGCAAACUUAAUCGUCGAGGAGAUCCACCAACUUCAGUACCAUCUGCGGAAAGAGUGGGGAUACUUUUGGACCCGACAGUCCUGCUGGGGUCCACAUGCAGUGGAAAUGAUCUUCUUUUCCCUGUACAUUGCAGGACUUGUCACGCGGCUCAGUGACUUCCAUGAUUCAGGGACGAAGAGAGCCACCAAAGCCAUCCACGCAUUCGUCGGAAUUAUGUUGUGGCUGCGCACACUUGGCUUCUUGAAAGUGUGCCCACGCCUUGGGCCCAAGAUUGCGGUGCUGUUGCACAUGAGAGACGACAUCCUCAUCUAUCUUGCCCUCCUCGUCAGCGUUCUUGUUGGUUUUGGUGUCGCCUUUCAGGCGGUGCUCUAUCCGCUUACAAGUUACAGGACGCAGAAGGUCAUUGACGUCUUGUUCCGUCCGUACUUUCAAAUUUACGGCGACCAAAUCCUGGAACAUCUCAGUGACGAAGCCAGCUGCCAAGGACCGCAGCUGUUUGAGAGCUGCCCCACGCAGGAAGUCCAAAUGCUGCCGUUUCUCUUGGCCCUCUUCGUUCUUGGCACGACCAUUCUGCUUGUGAACAUGCUCAUCGGACUCCUUCGUGAGUACAAAAAACCAAUUCGAACAUACUUUGCGCCACUUGCAAUCGUCUCCGUUGCACUCAAGUUCCUUGCAAAGGCAUUUGACAUUGAUCGGAGGUACAAUGAGAUUGCCGGAGAGCUGGAUGCCAUCCUUGAAGAGCGCAGUAUGCGUGAAGAUCGGGAACUGUGGUAUUUUGAGAGGUCGGCGAAGCAUGCCUUGCAGGAGCAAAGCCCUGCGUUUUCUGGCUUGGUGGCCCAGGCAGCCAACGCCAACAAUGACCUGCGCCCAUCUCGAGCACAAACUCUUCCAGAGAAAUGGGCUGGCGCCUAUCAACGCCUACAGUCCCUAUUCUUGUGUUUCGGCUCCCCUUCAUAUGUCGUUGUGUCGGACGUGCACUUCGAAGACGAUUGCGCGUUUGCAAGAUUGCUGAAGCGCACGGGAGUCGCUGGUGAUAGAUCUGCUUGUUCACGGGCCAAGAAGGUUGUCUCCAACAUCUGGAGGGUCUUGCCCACGUCUUCCUUGUCAAUGGUUGCUGUGGAUCUUGUUGCCGUUCCACCGGCUCACUACGACUGUGCUUAG